AUGAGACAGCUAAAAGGGCAGCAUUUUGAAGAGACUCAAGCUCCCAGGUAUAAGCACCAUUGCUAUAAAUACUGCCCAGAAAAUACCUACAGAGAUGAAAGUUCUCUGCAGUGUAGAGAGUGUCCUAGAAACUGUGAUAGCUGUGACAAGGACAAGUGUGACUCAUGUAAGGAAGGCUUUUAUCUCUCAGGUGGCAUAUGUGUGAGUGAGUGUGGAGAUGGAUUCUUCACUGAUGACAUCUCUAGAGAAUGUGAACCUUGCCACAGGAGCUGUGCAACAUGUGUUGGCUACAGCUAUGAGAACUGUACUGGGUGCAAAAAAAGUUUCCAGCUAUCUCAUGGGCAAUGUCUGAAUCCAAGAAAUUCUUCACCCAAUGGGAAUUUACAGAGUGAUGCACAAAAACAAUUGCAGUCCUGUGAGUCUUCAUGUAGGACCUGUGAGAAAUCUACUGACAUAUGUACUUCAUGUCCAGAAGGGCCACCUAGGACAUACUUCUCCCUUUCCCUGAUAUUAUUGUCUUUUCCCAAACUUUAUAGAUCUUCCUAUCUUAGGGGAUAUUUUAAUGAUUCUGAGACUUGCAAGGAAUGCAGUGGAUCCUGUAAGACAUGCAUGGGAAGUGCAACCAAAUGCCUGUCCUGUAAAAGUCCUUUGCUUCUGGAGCAGUGGAAAUGUAAACCUACCUGUUCAGAGAAGCAUUUUGCCUCUGAAGGAAUCUGCAAACACUGCCCUGAAAUGUGUCAGGAGUGCAUUCACAAUCAAACAUGCAAAGAGUGCAUGGACGAGUUCUUCCUGCACGAGGGCAAGUGUGUGCAGGACUGCCCUUCUCACUUCUACGCUGAAGACAAGCACUGCUUUCCCUGCCAUAAAGACUGCAAGACUUGUGAUGGGCCAGACUCGGACGACUGCACUGAGUGCACUGUCAACUUCUUUGUCCUCUACAGUGGGAUGUGUUUUGAAAAAUGCCCUGAAGGGACUUACUAUGAAGAAGCCACUGAAGACUGUCAAGCAUGCAACAACACAUGCCAGACUUGUUCUUCUUCCACUGCCUGCCUUACCUGCAGAAAUGGCCUGAUGCUGAACGAUGAUGGGCAUUGUGUGGCGUCUGGAUACUGCUCUCGCACUGAGUACUAUGUUGAGAAAACUCAGACCUGCAAGCCUUGUCAUAAGAAAUGCUUCCACUGCUUGGGACCCACUGAACAUCAGUGUCUUAGCUGUGCAAAUAACCGCUAUCUUCUCAAUACAACCUGUGUUGAAACAUGCCCAGAUGGGUAUUAUGUUGACAGCGAUGAGGGACAAUGUUCCACAUGCCACAGCGCCUGUGUCACUUGCACUGGAAAACACAGCUCACAGUGCCUUUCCUGCAAACCGGGCUGGUACAGACAAGGAAAAGGAUGUGUAAACCAGUGUCCAGCAGGGUAUUUUGCACAAAAUUCCACUGGAUCAUGUGAGAGAUGCCACAAGGGUUGUAAGGAGUGUAUGGGGCCUCAACCCACGGACUGCCUUUUCUGUGAUACAUAUUUCUACCUGUUGCGCUCCAAGAACAAAUGCGUUAGCUCUUGUCCUGAGUACUACUACGAAAACAAGGACAACAACGUCUGUGAGAGAUGCCACCCUUCCUGCCAAACUUGUGAAGGGAAGGGGGCAUUCAGCUGCACAUCCUGUGUAUGGAGUCACAGUUUAUUAGGUGCAAUGUGCAACUCAGACUGCUUUGUAGGUGAAUACAAAGUCCAGGAGACACCAGGACAAGAGCCCAAGUGUGAGAGAUGUGACAGCUCAUGCACCGAGUGCAAGGGACCUGGGCCCCUCAACUGCACAGUCUGUCCAGCCAGCAUGCAGCUCUACCUGGAGGAAAGCCGCUGCCUGCCCUGCUGCAGUGACUCUGACCUGGCAGGCACCCCAGAGUGCUGUGACUGCAGUGAAACACAAGAUGACUGUGUGUUACGGACCACUCUACCACCAGAGAGCAAAAGCAAAACUACUUUCUUUGUUAUUACCUGCAUUUUGCUUCUCCUUGUCAUUGGAGCCAUUGUAUUCAUCUGGAGAAAAUCACGAGCCAAAGCCCAGGCUGUCAGCAAAGGUGGGUACGAGAAGCUGACAAAUCACUCCAGAACCUUUCCUUCCUACGUGAGCAACUACCACGAGACUCCCAGUUACCAGGAAGAUCAAGUGAUUGAGUAUAGAGACAGAGAUAAUGAAGAUGAUGAUGAAGAAGAUGACAUUGUAUAUAUGGGCCAGGAUGGCACAGUGUAUCGCAAAUUUAAAUAUGGACUUUUGGAGGAUGACGAGGAAGAUGAGCUUGAAUACGAUGAUGAAAGUUAUUCAUUUAGAUAA